GGGAAAUAUCAGGGUGACAUUUUACAACAGAGUCGAUAUGAAGGCGUGGGUUUGUCUAUAAAAUACAGUUACGGAUAUAUAUUUCGUAUAUAAUUUCAAACACACGAAGAGGUUUUUUUGUUGUAAAUAACUACGUAAUGGCAGCUUGGACCUGUCGGCAUCUGCUUCGACGAGCAACACACGUCUCUUCGUUUGCAGCAGCAGGAGCAGCUGAAAGUCCUGCCCUGGCACUGGGUUGUGUUCGAACAGUGAAGAGCACUACGUGGUUUGACGAACACCUCACAGACGAGAACCAACAGUUCAUGAGGAAGAGCGUCGCGGAGGAGUACAAAAAACAGACGGCUGACAAGCUCUACCCUCUCAAAGACGAGCCUUGGCCUAGGCAGGAAUGGUCGGAAGGCAGUCGUAGAGUCGGAUUGGUGGCAGUGAAAUUGGGGAUGGCUCCGGUCUGGACAAAAACAGGAGAAAGACAUGUAGUAACUAUGUUACAGGUGCAGGACUGCCAUGUGGUCAAGUACCUGUCCAAAGAAGAUCAUGAUGGUAACUCUGCUGCCCUUAUGAUCGGAGGGAGAAACGUAUCACCAUUCUACAAAAGUGAGGAGGAAGUAGAGAUGUUUAUGAGCGCAGGAGUUCCUCCAAAAGAGAAAGUGACCACAUUUAAAGUUUCGGACAAUGCCAUCAUUAAACCAGGCACGCCUCUGUACGCUGCACAUUUCCGUCCAGGCCAGUAUGUGGACGUCACAGCCAAAACGAUUGGUAAGGGUUUUCAGGGCGUUAUGAAACGCUGGGGAUUCAAAGGUCAACCAGCCAGCCACGGACAAACCAAGACCCACCGCAGACCCGGGGCAUCCGGACCUGGAGGGGAUCCAGCCAAAGUCUUCAAAGGAAAGAAGAUGCCUGGCAUGAUGGGCGAUUUCUUCAGGACAGCUUUCGGUCUAAAGGUAUGGAGGGUCAACACCAAGUUCAACGUGCUAUAUGUAAGCGGCUCCGUCCCUGGUCACAGGAACUGCUUAGUGAAGGUGAGAGACACUGUUCUGCCCGCCAGGGCUUCCACGCUACUCAACCCACCAUUCCCCACUUACUUCACCGAGGAGGAAGGCCAGCUGGACGAAGACCUGUACGACAGUGACAUGUUUAUUCACACAGAGGCUUCACUGUCACUGGAGUAAAACACACACACACACGUAGACCUUGUAAUACGUCUGGAUUAUAUCACCAAAUAAAUUGCCUCUCCGGAUAA